AUGACAGUUCCUGUUCCUGUGACGUCAUUUCCGGGUGAGCGUUACCCAGUGCUUGGUCGUUGCUUCUGUAGCUCCUGCUUUUGACUACCUGAUCUGUUGAUAUCUUAGUGUAAAUCCUGUUUGUUACUUAAAAUCUUAAGUAGCACCUUUUGUCUUUUAGUGAGUAAACUACUGUGUUAACCGUUGCUCUCCUAACCACACAAAGCGUUUACGUAGAUUUUUCGUUAGCAAAACACCGCUAACCAUAGCUUAGCAUUGAGCUAUGGAUUCCUCCCCGUCUUCUUGUUCCCCUCUUUCCUGCUCCAUGUGCCAUAUGUUCAGCGAGGACCCUGCCUCCUUUACUGAAGAUAGUGGUAGAUGUGUGAAGUGCAGUCGGAUUUUAGACUUGGAGGCCAGGCUAGAGCAGCUAGAAGCACGGGCCCGCACAGUGGAAGCUAAGCCAGCUAGCAAGGUAGUUACUCGUAGCGCGGGCCGCGCUACUUCCAGGGCUAACAAAGCUAGCAUCCCAGCACCCCUCCCGCAGCCGGGGGAAACCCAGGAUGAGGAUGGGUUUGUACCGGUGGGAAGGAAGCAUAGUGCAAAAGGCAAACACUUAGAGCACCCGAAGCUUCUCGUGUGUAAUAGGUUCUCUCCCCUCAGCGACGCACCCGCUGAACCCCAAACUCUGGUGAUUGGCUCCUCUGAAGUUAGACACGUGAAGCUCCCAGCGGCUACAGUCAGGUGUUACCCGGGGGCCAGAGUUGGUGACAUCGAAGGAAACCUCAGGUUGUUAGCCAAGAGUAAGUCGAGGUUCCGUCGAGUCGUGAUUCACGCAGGCGGUAACGACGCCCGACGGAGACAAUCAGAGAUCCUCAAACUGAACGUAGAUUCGGUGUGUAAGCUUGCUAAGUCGAUGUCCGACACAGUAAUUUUCUCUGGUCCUCUGCCAAACCUAGUCAAUGAUGAAAUGUACAGCCGCUUUUC